AUGUCGUUGUUGCCGCAGGAGGUCCACGUUGCGCUCUCGCAGCUCUUGCUUGCCUUAGCAUCCGCCGACAAUAUAGUGCGGACGCAGGCUGAGGAACAGUUGAAUAAUGAAUGGGUGCAGGGCCGUCCUGAUGUCUUGCUCAUAGGGCUGGCGGAACAAUUAAAUGGGGCGGAGGAUGCCAGUACACGAUCAUUUGCUGCUGUCCUGUUCCGUCGGAUAUCGACACGGUCAACGAGGCUCCCCAAUUCUACUGAAUCGAAGGAGUUGUUCUUCACGCUUUCGCAAGAGCAAAGAGUGGCCAUUCGGCAAAAACUGCUAGAGUCGCUGGGGAAUGAGAGUUUAGCCCACGUGCGGAAUAAAAUUGGCGACGCCGUGGCUGAAAUUGCGGGUCAAUAUGCCGACCAUGGGGAGCAAUGGCCCGAACUCCUUGGAGUGCUUUUCCAGGCUAGUCAGUCUACUGAUCCUGGUGUGCGAGAUUCCGCGUUCCGGAUAUUUUCGACGACACCGGGUAUUAUUGAAAAACAACAUGAGGAUAUGGUUGUGGAUGUUUUCUCGAAAGGUUUUAGGGAUGAGAAUAUUUCUGUUCGGAUAUCUGCAAUGGAAGCGUUUUCCUCAUUCUUCCGUUCCAUCACAAGGAAGAGCCAAACAAAAUUCUUCUCCUUAGUCCCCGAUGUUCUCAAUAUAUUGCCUCCCCUCAAAGAGGCCGAUGAGAGCGAUAACCUGUCCAAGGCAUUCAUUGCGUUAAUUGAGCUCGCGGAAGUGUGUCCCAAGAUGUUCAAGGCGCUCUUCAACAACCUUGUAAAGUUUAGCAUCAGUGUUAUUGGCGAUAAAGAACUGUCUGAUCAAGUGAGACAGAAUGCGCUUGAGUUGAUGGCUACAUUUGCCGAUUAUUCCCCUAAGAUGUGCAAGAAUGAUCCGACGUACGCCGGGGAAAUGGUUACCCAAUGUCUGAGUUUGAUGACCGAUGUUGGCUUGGAUGACGAGGAUGCUGCUGAAUGGACUCAGUCAGAAGAUCCAAAUCAACUCGGCGGCCAGGUAAUUCUACCCGCAACUUUCGUCUGGGUUCCUCGCAUGAUGUCAUCAACUGCCUGGCGCGAUCGGCAUGCGGCGCUUAUGGCGAUUUCCGCUAUAUCCGAAGGUUGCAGGGACCUCAUGGAGGGCGAACUGGACCAGGUUCUCGCACUUGUCGUGCCAGCGCUCCAAGACCCACACCCGCGAGUCCGCUUUGCUGGGUGCAAUGCCCUUGGCCAGAUGAGCACCGAUUUCGCACCAACCAUGCAGGAAAAGUACCAUUCCAUCGUCCUCGGAAGUAUUAUUCCCGUUCUGGAUUCGACUGAACCCCGCGUCCAGUCCCAUGCCGCUGCUGCGCUAGUUAACUUCUGCGAGGAGGCGGAGAAGGAGAUUCUUGAGCCUUAUCUUGAAGAGCUCCUGAGACGCCUGCUACAGCUACUGCGAAGCCCAAAGCGAUAUGUUCAGGAACAGGCGCUUUCUACCAUCGCUACAGUUGCUGAUUCUGCGGAGACUGCAUUUGGACAGUUCUAUGAUACUCUUAUGCCGUUGUUGUUUAACGUUCUGAAUGAGGAGCAAUCCAAGGAAUUCCGAAUUUUGCGUGCGAAGGCUAUGGAAUGCGCCACUUUGAUUGCACUGGCAGUUGGAAAGGAGAAGAUGGGCCGGGAUGCGUUGACUUUGGUACAGCUUCUUGGCAAUAUCCAACAGAGCAUUACGGAUGCGGACGAUCCUCAAUCGUCGUAUCUUCUCCACUGCUGGGGUCGCAUGUGUCGAGUCCUCAAGCAAGAUUUCGCUCCAUAUCUUCCCGGUGUCAUGCCGCCACUUCUCCUAGUUGCUGGUGCCAAAGCGGACGUCCAGAUUCUCGAUGAUGAAGAGCAGCUUAGACAGGUUGAGCAAGACGUAGGGUGGGAGCUCGUUCCGUUGAAGGACAAAAUUAUUGGAAUUCGAACAAGCGCACUCGAAGAUAAAAACACUGCUAUUGAGCUGAUUACGAUUUACGCGCAAGUUCUUGCUGCUGCCUUCGAGCCUUAUGUUGUUGAGACCCUGGAGAAGAUUGCUAUUCCAGGGCUGGCGUUUUUCUUCCACGACCCGGUCCGGGUCUCGUCUGCUAGCUUAAUCCCUCAGUUGCUAAAUUCUUACAAGACAGCACACGGGGAUCAGUCUCCUGAAUUCUUGCAAAUGUGGUCCAAGACUGUCGAAAAGCUUAUUGAGGUUCUAAGCGCAGAGCCUGCCAUUGAUACACUGGCGGAAAUGUUCCAAUGCUUCUACGAAUCAGUUGAAGUUGCCGGGAAAAAUAGCCUAACCCCUGCUCACAUGCAAGCAUUCAUCACGUCUGCAAAGUCAUCGCUUGUAGACUAUCAGGAACGAGUAAAGCGACGUUUGGAAGAAAAAGCAGAACUCGAGGAUGGGGAUGAUGAUACCUACUCCUAUGAAAUCGAAGUCGAAGAGGACCAGAACCUUCUUAGCGACAUGAACAAAGCCUUCCACAUCAUCUUCAAGAACCAUGGCCCUGCCUUCCUACCAGCUUGGGGUCAACUGCUCUCUUUCUAUGAUUCCUUCAUCGCAAGCCAGGACUCCACGCAGCGUCAAUGGGGUAUUUGUAUUAUGGACGACGUGCUUGAAUUCUGCGGUGAGCAAUCGUGGAAUUACAAAGAUCAUAUCCUGCAGCCACUCAUUAACGGCAUGCGGGAUGACAAUGCCGCGAACCGGCAAGCAGCAUGUUAUGGUGUCGGCAUGGCUGCGCAGAAGGGCGGGCUAGCGUGGAGCGAGUUUGUGGCCGCGAGCAUCCCGACGCUCUUCCAGGCGACGCAGCACGCCAAGGCCAGGACUCAGGAGCAUAUCUUCGCGACGGAGAAUGCGUCAGCUAGUAUUGCGAAGAUUUUACAUUACAAUUCUAGUAAGGUGCAGAAUCCGCAGGAGGUUGUGGAGAAUUGGUUUAAUACUUUGCCCAUUGUCAACGAUGAGGAAGCGGCGCCGUAUGUCUAUUCGUUCCUCGCGCAGCUUAUUGACCAACAAAAUCCCACAGUGUUCAACAAUGCUGCGAAGGCAUUCACGUUCAUCGUACAGGCACUUGAAGCAGAGACGCUGCAAGGCGGUACAGCCGCUCGUGUGGCGAGCUCGGCGAAACAACUGGCGACAGCAACGGGCAUAAAUGUAGAGCCGAUAUUUGCAAAUGUUAACCCAAAAUACCAGAUGGCCGUCCGAAGUUUUUUUCAAUAA